CAUUUUUAUAUAUAUGUGCUUAUAAGCGUUUGUCUGCGCAUAUUAAAAUGUUACAUGUCUAUUAUUGAUCCCAUUGAUAAUUGAAUAAAUAAAAUUUCCAAAAAUUGUUUAUUAAAAAUUAAAAGUUUUCUUAUUCUCUGAUCAAGACAAGUGAAUGCAAAUGAGAGGAUUGCUUAAAAAAUUAAAAAGAAAAAUAAAAUUCAAAAAUGCUUUAGUGAUUUAAAUUUAAAACGUUUGUAAUAACCUACGUGAUUUAUAGUGUUCCGCCGGCAAUCGCUUCAAAUCGUCAAGUUGUUGUGCCAUUGAUUUAAAAGUUCGUUUUCUACUACGCACUGUUCAAUCGGCUUUCAUCCAAUGAAUAUAAUACCAAAAUCUCAACUAAGUCGAAUAGUAAAUUUGCCAUUAAAACUUCAAAUAUUAUUGAAUCUCUAUAUUAAUAAAGAAGAAGAAAAACAAAAACGAUAACAAUAAUGAUUGCAGCUACGACUAAUGCGCUUACACAACAAGUAAAUACUGCAUUAAGUAGAACUAUAGACGGAGGACUCGGAGGACUCCGCCAUGAUGUUGUUGCAGAUGUGCGUACCAAACAAGUGCUACGUGAAGCGGUUGAUGCCGUUGUGCAAAGCUUUUCCAAUCAUACACGAGGCUACGGUCGUGUCAAUGUUGUUGAAGCCUUACAAGAGUUUUGGCAAAUUAAACAAGCCCGCGGUGCUGACUUGAAAAACGGGGCGUUAGUGAUUUAUGAAUCGGUACCAUCAAACAGUCAGCCGUAUGUGUGCUACGUCACCUUACCGGGGGGCAGUUGUUUUGGCAGUUUUCAGAAUUGCCCCACAAAAGCUGAAGCACGUCGCAGUUCGGCAAAGAUAGCUCUAAUGAAUUCAGUUUUUAACGAGCAUCCAUCGAGGCGCAUUACCGAUGAAUUCAUAGAAAAGGCAGUGCAAGAUGCUAGAGCAUCUUUCAAAGGAAACCUGAAGGAAGGGGACGGUCCAGAUACGGGAAUUGGGGCCUUCAGGUUUAUGUUGGAAGCCAAUAAAGGGCGUACCAUGUUGGAAUUUCAAGAAUUAAUGACCGUUUUUCAACUCCUACAUUGGAAUGGCUCAUUGAAGGCUAUGCGCGAACGUCAAUGUUCCCGGCAGGAAGUUGUGGCCCAUUAUUCAAAUCGUAGUUUGGACGAUGAUAUGCGCGCUCAAAUGGCUUUAGAUUGGAUUGCCCGUGAACAAGAAAGUCCCGUGCUUGGCUUAGAGAUGGCACAAGCUGAAAGGGAAUUAGAAACGGCGCGUUUAGCUGGACGGGAGUUAAGAUUCCCUAAGGAGAAAAAAGAUAUUCUGAUGUUGGCUCAUAACCAACUAGGCGGCAAUGCUAACACUACCGGCAUUAACUGUUAAUACCGCCAUUAACUAAGAAAGAAGUACUUCAUUCCGAGUCAUAACUUGGCUCUUCAAUAAUAUAUUUAUAUGUACUUAUGUUAUUUUGAACUGAAAUUUAUAGAUAAACUUAUUGACAUUUACAAUUAAGCUUAGUUUAGGGAUUUUACUGCAAAUUUUAAAUACGCCUUCUCAAUUUGUUUAAAAUACCAAGACUUAAUCGGUAAUCUUUUUAUAAUAAUAAACAUCAAACUGAUCUCGAAAUUAUAAGAAUUGUUCCUGCGAUUAUCGAGAGUUUCGUGUUUAAAUAUAUUUUUAUUUAUUUAUUUUUUUUUUGUUAAUUGAGUUAACUCUCUGGGACAUUUAUAUUAUGUUCGUCAUCUUGCCAUAAAUUACUUUAAAUAUUAGUCACAAAAAAUUCGCUAAGAUUCUUUAAAAAUAUUUUUAAAUGAGCGGACAUGAAACAAAAGCAAAUGAUAUCUUGAAUGAAGGCGUCUAUUGCCCUAUGCAAAUGUGAACUGAUUUAGAACUGAUUAAG